GACGACAGAGCUUUGAACUCCAUAUACCAACGAACGGGCAGUUCUUGCAAGAAGCAGCUCGGAAAAAUGGACGACCUCGAAUCCCUUGAACUCCUUUCCUUGGUCUCAAAGGUCACCUCCGAGCUUCAAAAUCAUCUUGGAAUCAGCGACAAGACACUGGCGGAAUUCAUUAUUGCACAGCACUCAGAAUGCAAGUCCCUCAACGAGUUUCAAACAAAGCUGGAUGCCAUGGGAGCGGACUUCCCACAAAGUUUGAUUGAGAGUGUGGAUCGCUUGGUGCGAACCAUGCAUCCAAAAUUCAGGAGUAUGAAGACGAUAGAGAGGGAACAACCCUCACAUAGGUCUCGAAAAUUGGAGGAAAAGACCAAAGUUUUCAAGGGGCUUGCAAUGCCUGAUAUGGAAAUACCUUGGCAAGAGCACUCGACUGAAGAACCUGCAAAUGGAUCUGUGAAACCUGGGACGGAUGCAAUCGAUGAUACCCUGGCGCUACUGGAAGGUCUCGAGAGCAAAGCAAGAAUCGAAAAGCCCACCCAAACCACCCGCAAGAGAAGUCGGAGCCCUAGCGACGAUAACGAUCGUGGUAGAAGUCGAAAGGAUAAAUACAGAUCACGAUCGCGGUCUGUGGAGGAAAGACGGCGCAAGAAAAUUGGGUAUGGAGAAGAAGAUGAAUAUGGUCGGUCAAGAAAUGGGCACAAAAGCAGCCGGCGAAGAAGGGAAGACGACGAUCCAUUCAGACGCCCGCCGUUACCGGAGAUCGACGACGAGCCAAUAACUUACAAAGUCUAUGAUGGACAUGUUACGGGGGUGAAGGAUUUUGGCGCAUUUGUUAAUAUUCAUGGGGUCAAAGGCAAGGUUGAUGGGCUCGUCCAUGUAUCAGCUUUGGUAGAAGGUCAGCGCGUCAAUCAUCCGUCUGACUUGGUUACAAGGGGUCAGCCAGUCAAGGUCAAAGUCAUCAAGAUAGAUGGCUCAAGGAUUGGGCUUUCAAUGAAGGAGGUCGAUCAGGAGACUGGAAGAGAUCUUGCCCCACAGACGAGAAUACAAUCUGGCGCCAAUAUGGAACAGAUAGGAGGAGGCAAAGAUGAGUAUAAUCUCAUAGACGACAAGGUCCUUGUAUUCGAAGGUGAUUUGACCAAGAACUCCCAGCGAACGAGGAAGAGAAUGACUUCCCCUGAGCGCUGGGAAAUUCGUCAACUUAUCGCAUCGGGUGUUGUGAAGGCCUCAGAUUAUCCAGAUCUCGAUGAAGACUACAACGCUACACUAAACGGCGAGGGCGAGAUGGAGCUAGAGGAGGACGUUGAUAUCGAACUCCGAGAAGAGGAACCGCCCUUCCUUGCCGGCCAAACUAAGCAAUCAUUAGAGCUGUCUCCCAUCCGAGUUGUUAAAGCUCCUGACGGAUCCAUGAAUCGUGCUGCUAUGGCUGGAGCUACCUUGGCAAAGGACCGAAAGGAACUGAGGUCACAGGAAGCACAAGACAAAGCAGCUGAAGAGGGCUCCAAGGUUGAUCUAUCGGCGCAGUGGCAUGAUCCCAUGGCAGACCCGGAUGAAAAGAAGUUUGCCACUGAUCUCCGGAGCAUCAAAGCAAAUCCAGCAAACGAAACUAUACCGGAAUGGAAGAAAGCCACACAGAGCAAGGACCAGUCCUUUGGGAGACGAACGGAUAUGACUAUUAAGCAGCAAAGAGAAUCCUUACCCGUGUAUAGAUUUAGAUCAGAGCUCAUCAAAGCCGUACACGCGAAUCAAUUACUCAUUGUUGUUGGAGACACCGGGUCUGGAAAGACAACACAAUUAACUCAAUAUCUGGCAGAGGCUGGGUUUGCUAACAACGGCAUGAUUGGAUGUACUCAACCACGUCGUGUCGCAGCUAUGUCAGUCGCAAAGCGUGUUGCUGAGGAGGUCGGUUGCGAUCUCGGUCAAGAGGUUGGAUACUCUAUUCGAUUUGAAGAUUGUACCAGUCCGGCAACAAAGAUCAAGUACAUGACCGAUGGCAUGUUGCAGCGUGAGAUUCUGAUGGAUCCUGAUAUCAGGAGAUACUCCGUUAUCAUGCUGGACGAAGCUCACGAACGUACGAUUUCUACCGAUGUGCUCUUCGCAUUGUUGAAAAAGACUAUUAAACGGCGACCUGAUCUAAAGGUCAUCGUCACCUCUGCGACUUUAGAUGCGGACAAGUUCUCUGCUUAUUUCAACGAGUGUCCGAUCUUCUCAAUCCCCGGUCGGACAUUCCCUGUCGAGGUCAUGUAUUCGCGAGAACCUGAAUCCGAUUACCUGGACGCAGCUCUGGUAACAGUAAUGCAAAUUCACCUGACAGAACCCCCCGGAGAUAUCCUAUUAUUCUUGACUGGCCAGGAAGAGAUUGACACUAGCUGCGAAAUUCUUUUCGAGCGUAUGAAAGCCCUCGGCCCAAGCGUUCCGGAACUUAUCAUUCUGCCGGUUUAUUCUGCACUACCAAGUGAGAUGCAAAGCAAAAUCUUUGAUCCUGCGCCUCCGGGGAGCAGAAAGGUUGUGAUAGCCACGAAUAUUGCCGAAACAUCUAUCACAAUUGAUCACAUCUAUUACGUUAUCGAUCCUGGGUUUGUCAAGCAGAACGCGUAUGAUCCAAAACUAGGGAUGGAUUCACUUGUGAUCACUCCGAUCUCCCAGGCCCAGGCCAAACAACGUGCCGGACGUGCUGGGAGAACCGGCCCUGGGAAGUGCUUCCGCCUUUAUACCGAAUCUGCUUUCCAGUCUGAAAUGCUGCCAACCUCUAUUCCCGAGAUUCAGCGACAGAAUUUGUCGCAUACUAUUCUGAUGCUUAAAGCGAUGGGAAUCAACGAUCUCUUGCAUUUCGACUUCAUGGAUCCUCCCCCUACAAACACUAUGUUGACAGCCUUGGAAGAGCUUUAUGCCUUGUCUGCCUUAGAUGACGAAGGUCUAUUGACUCGGCUCGGUCGAAAGAUGGCAGAUUUCCCAAUGGAGCCGUCGCUUGCCAAAGUUUUGAUAGCGGCGGUUGACCUUGGAUGCUCUGACGAAAUUCUAAGUAUCGUUGCAAUGCUGUCAAUGGCUACUAUCUUCUAUCGCCCGAAGGAGAAGCAGUCACAAGCAGACCAGAAGAAAGCCAAAUUCCAUGAUCCUCACGGCGACCAUCUUACUCUACUCAACGUGUACAAUGGCUGGAAGCAGAACAAGUUUGCAAAUCCAUGGUGCUUCGAAAACUUCAUCCAAGCUCGGUCAAUGCGCCGCGCAAAGGAUGUACGGGAUCAGCUCGUAAGUAUCAUGGACAGGUACAAACACCCUGUUGUCUCGUGCGGUCGCAAUACGCAGAAGGUCAGGCAAGCUCUUUGCAGCGGAUUUUUUCGUAAUUCGGCGCGAAAGGAUCCCCAGGAAGGCUAUAAGACCCUCAUUGAGGGUACACCAGUUUACCUGCAUCCAAGCUCGGCCCUCUUCGGAAAACAGGCGGAAUGGGUGAUUUACAACACCCUUAUCAUGACGAGCAAGGAGUACAUGCACUAUACUACUUCAAUCGAACCUAAAUGGCUUGUCGAGGCCGCUCCGUCAUUCUUUAAGGUCGCACCGACAGACAAGUUGAGUAAGCGAAAGAAAGCUGAAAGAAUCCAGCCGUUGUAUAACAAAUUUGCUGCCGAGGAUGAUUGGAGGCUGUCAUCACAGAAACGACAAGGCAGGGGAGGUGGUGGUGGAACAUGGGGCUGAUUCAUAGCUGCAUGGAAUA